AGUUUUACAUACUUCCUCAUUGAGCUAGUUUCACUGCAAAGAUGAAGAAGCUCAUUUACUUAGUCUUGUUUAAGACAGCUCUGCUUGCUUUUACAAAUGCUUCUGCACUUGUAGAUGAACAUACAGAAGGUUUUAAAGAAGGAAAAGCUAUUGAUGCUUGUCCUAUAAAGCUCAAAACCAAUGGGAAAUGUGAAGAAGGAGAGGAAUGUCCAUAUCAGAUAAACCUGCCUCCGAUGACCAUCCAGCUACCUAAGCAGUUCAGACUGAUAGAGAAGACUCUCAAAGAAGUACAAAAUCUUAAAGAUGAAGUAAACAAACUGAAGAAAUCUUGUCAAGAUUGCAAGUUGCAGGCAGACGACAACCAAGAAAGAGACAGCACUGAAUUCCUGGCACCUAAUAGAGAAGUCCCCACAGAAAACAGUAAGAUACAAGAUAAUAGAGUAAAGGAAUUACAGAGCAAAGUUAAUAAACUAUCAGUCAGCUUGAAGAAUGCAAAGAAUCAGAUCCAGUCACUGCAGGGUAAUGUGGAAAAAAGAAGCCUCAUAAACAUGGACAAUGUACAUAAUUAUGUCGACAGCAAAGUAGCAAAUCUGACAUCUUUUUUGAAAAAUUUGGACGACAGAUGUUCUUCUAAGUGUCCAGUCAUACAAUCAAGUCCUGUUAUACAGCUAAUGCAGAGAGACUGUGCUGAUCAUUAUACAGCAGGUAGAAGGCGUAAUGGAAUCUACAGAGUUAUUCCAGAUCCAAAAAAUAGCAGCUUUGAGGUUUACUGUGACAUGGAAUCAAUGGGAGGUGGCUGGACAGUGCUACAGAUGCGUCAAGAUGGUAGCAUUAACUUCAAUAGAACAUGGAAUGACUACAAAAAAGGCUUUGGAAAUCUCAGCAGGGAGUUUUGGCUGGGGAAUGAUAAAAUUCAUCUCCUGACCAAAAGCAAGGAUAUGCAGCUGAGAAUUGAGCUUGAAGAUUUCAAUGGUAUUCGAGAAUAUGCUAAAUAUGAACAGUUCUAUGUAGCCAAUGAAUAUCUCAAGUACCGUCUAAGUGUCAGUGGCUAUAGUGGUACAGCCGGAGAUGCCCUGCACUUCAGUAAACAUUACAACCAUGAUCAAAAAUUCUUCACUACCCCAGACAAAGACAAUGAUAAGUAUCUAUCAGGAAAUUGUGGGGCUUACUACAGCUCUGGCUGGUGGUUUGAUAAAUGUUUGUCUGCCAACCUAAAUGGCAAAUACUAUCACCAAAAAUACAAAGGUGUUCGCAAUGGGAUUUUCUGGGGCACCUGGCAUGAUGUUUCUAAUGGUCUUCCAGAUGGUUAUAGACAAGCUUUUAAACAGGUAAAAAUGAUGAUCAGACCCAAUGGCUUUGUGCCAUAAAUCAGCACCCUCUGCUGUAACCAGUUUAUAUUAGGUCAUACUAAAAACAUCAUGCUUACUCAGUAUCAUAUUCAAAAUACAAAUAUUGGAGUAUUUUAAUAUUCAGUCCUAAUAUAAUCCUUCCAAGAUGAAAAAAAGUGACUCAACAUAAAAUGUUUAUUGAUUUCUUCCUUAUGCCUUAUAAAGACAGUUUUCAUGCUUCAGAGUAGCUGUUGCUAAAACUUCAGCAUUGCUAAAUUCUGAAUUUGAAGGCAUUGAUUUUAAUGUUUCAUUUGUACUUUUACUAUCUGCAGCAUACCAGGUUUCUGCAAUCUACAACUUUUUAAGGCUUCUACAAAGGUAGCUGAAUGAAAAUCCAUAUUUUUGCCUGAAAAUAUCUCAAACAUUUCUGAUUACAUAUAACCACUUCAGAUACUGAGUUUCAUCCUCUUAUAUGGAUCUCAUUAUAACAUCUGUGUCUUCAUAAACAUUAAAGAUAAAUCAUCCCAACACCACCACGAACUAAGAAAGUGGUAUCCCAUUUUAAAUGGACUGAGGCAGAGAUCACCUAAUUUGCUCAAAGUCACAAAGCAACAUCUGACAGAUCAUCCAACCAAGUAUUGUGGCAGAAUUGAACAAAAGCAAAUGGAAAGGGUGUGUAGACUAAGUAUGGAGUGAAACAGCACCUCCACAGCAUGUUUUCCCCCACAAGCUGUUUGCUUUGAAACCAUGCUUUUUGCUUCUUUGAUGAAGGAAAGUCAACAGCUACACAGCUUGUCAUAGAGCUAUGCUAGCAGGGCUGAAGCAGGAAGCAUCAUAAAGGAUUGAGUUCUUGUACUACUGCCUCCAGAUCCAAAGAGAGAGAGUUUGGUUCCCUUAGAGCCUAAAACCCUGUGGUUUCACACCCAAAUCUCCCUUCUUCUGCAUCCUCUAUUGGAGGUGAACUUUUUGAGGUUGCAGGGAUUCAAACUUAUUUUUUUUAACUUGUCAGAACUUUUUAGGUAUCAUCAGGAAAAAGAUUAUGUAGAAAAACACAUAUACAUAUAUAAAAUCAAAGUAGGGUUCCCCCCCCAAAUUUGAUGUUUGCCUUUUUCCCCUUAAAAGCAAAGAAAAACUAACAUCCAAUGAAUGACUUUUAUACAAUGAACAUAAGGGAAGCAGAGAUUUUCUUGUUGUUGCUCUGAAGUGUAAGAAAUAAAAUGUAACAGUCGUUCAGACAUUUCAUGAAUUACAAAUCAAAGAGACAUUCCAGAUCAUAAUGAAUACUGUACAUAGUGAAUUUAAAUUUGAUAAUAUUAAGGCCUUGUCUGUACUUAGACCACGUUUGCCAGAAUAGCUAUACUGACAAACCCUCCUUGUGCAGACACAGGUUAUACUAGCCUCAGAAUGAAAUAAGUUAUAGCAGGACAAAGACUUUUUGCUGGUGUAACUGCAUCUACAGUAGGGCUUUUCCUGGCAUAACUAUAUCAGUCAUGGGUAUGAUUUUUUCCACACCUAACUGAUAUAGCUAUUCCAGCAAAACUUUAAAGUGUAGUCUGGUCCAAUACUUACAAACAUGACAUUUACUACUUUUUGAUAUACCAAACUGAAGUGUGCAUUAGUGAUUUAAGUACAAUGAUCUACAGUGACAAUGACCAAAUUAUAAGAUUAAUAUAUUUUAAAGGAAUUAUAAAUAUUUUGAAGGAUAUUUUGAUGUUAAAUGUCAUUUGCUUUAUUAUGUUUUCAUUUUAAAAGAUGGAUGGAAGAUUUUAAUACUAUCAGAUGUAUACUCUUUGCUCGAACACAUUUUGAAGUUCCUUUUUAUCCUGAAAUAGAAUGUAAUUGUUUGAACAAAAAAAAGUUUUUGAUGCACUGGCUAGAAGAGCGAUUUUUAGUAGAGUAUUAUUAUAUUUAAUCAUUUGGUAUAAAGUGAACUAACUGUUCCUAAACAAUAAUAAGUUUCCAAAUAAAUUUCUUCUUCACUCA